AAAUCAAUCAAUACUCCCAUACAGAGGAACUGGAAUGAUCAUGUAAUGGCCACAGAAACAAGAGAAACUGCCCCUCAGGUUAACAGCAGCAUUGCUAGCAUUGAUCCAGAGGAGCAGAGGUUGCGACGAAGGCUGCCUCGGCAUUUGCCUAAACGAGCUAAUGAUAUAUAUGUGAAUAGCCACUCAAACAUUAAGGGACAACAAUCACGUGGUGUGAGCUUACUGAAUGAAUCAGGCUGGGUGGUAGUCCAUGGUCUGGGACCAGCUGUGCCUUAUGCCAUUAACUUAGCACUCACUCUGCAAGCUGCUGUUUCUAUGCCCUCUACACUCCAUACAAAUACAUCUUCAGUAUAUCUCAGUGGUGAUGCUGAACCCUCACUAGAUGGAGUAGACCACAGUUAUCACUCGAAAGGCUGUGCAGCUGUGCACAUCAAGAUUUCUCUUCCUCAGAGUAAUGGUAAAAUCAAUUCUACAGCAAAAGAUCCCAACAGACUGGUAAAAGGAAGCUAGUGUGUAGUAAAUCUUGCAAAUAUAGUGUUUUGUUAUGUAAAGUUAUCAGUUUUACAUAACUAAAUAUUCUAAUGGAAGUUUAUUAACAAAAAAGAGAAAUUAAAGUGCAUUUGUGUCAGAUUUGUGGCUGAAAAGUUUUGCAAUGUACAUACGCUGUGUGUAUAGGAAUUAACUAAAAGCAUAUGAAAAUGGUAUUUGUUUUAAAACAUUUUUAUGCAAAAACUGAAAAAUUGAAAAUGCUGUG